ACAGUGGUUACAGAUGUCACCUUGCGCAAGGUAUUUACCCUAAUUUGCACCGGUAAAAUAGUGAUGCUCUUCCUAUACAGACCUGGAACUUUGGUGCUUUGGAGAAAAGAGUUGGUCGAAUGACAUGACAGCGCUCCUCUUCGCAGUUAUUUCUUUGUUGUGCUGUUGAGGUCCCCUCUAGAAGAUGACAUUGUUGUGUUCUCCCCUGCAUCUCUGGGCUUCCCCUCCGGCAGCACACGUAUAGGAAGGACGGGGUGGCUGGUUUUUACCGAGCCGAAAGCCGGGCUGACUAAGAGGAUAUGAUGGUUUCUCUCCAGCGUGCGGCCGUGAAAAAACAUGUCGCAGGAACACAGUGGUUCCACCCCAACAUCACCGGUGUAGAGGCAGAGCAACUCCUACUCACCCGAGGGGUGCACGGGAGCUUCCUGGCCAGACCCAGCAAGAGCAACCCAGGCGACUUCACUCUUUCUGUCAGGAGGAAGAACGAGGUGACCCACAUAAAGAUCCAGAACUCGGGGGACUAUUACGACCUGUAUGGCGGGGAGAAAUUCGCCACUUUGGCCGAGCUGGUGCAGUACUACACUGAGCAGCACGACCUUCUGCGGGAGAGGAACGGCGACGUCAUUGAACUGAAGUAUCCCCUUAACUGCAAGGACCCCACGUCGGAGAGAUGGUACCAUGGGCACCUGUCAGGGCGGGAUGCAGAGAAGCUGCUCAUGGAAAAGGGUAAGCCUGGUAGCUUCCUGGUGCGGGAGAGCCAGAGCAAGCCGGGAGACUUUGUGCUCUCCGUCCUCACCCACGAGGAGAAGCACGAGAACGCUGACCGCAGGACCAAGGUCACCCACGUGAUGAUCCGGUGUCAGGAUGGAAAGUAUGAUGUUGGUGGAGGCGAGAGGUUUGACACCCUUGCUGACCUUGUGGAGCACUACAAGAAAAACCCCAUGGUAGAGAAGAGUGGCAUUGUAGUCCACCUCAAGCAGCCCUUCAACGCCACCAGGAUCAAUGCUGCCAACAUUGAAAAUCGGGUGCGGGAGUUGAACAAAGUGGCGGACAACUCUGAGAAACCCAAGCAAGGAUUCUGGGAGGAGUUUGAGGUCCUGCAACAGCAGGAAUGCAAGCUGCUGUAUCCCAGAAAAGAGGGACAACGGCUGGAGAACAAGAGCAAGAACCGAUACAAGAACAUUCUCCCCUUUGACACCACACGUGUGGUGCUAAGGGAAGCGGACCGGGAUGUUCCUGGGGCCGACUACAUCAACGCCAACUACAUCCAGAGCAAGCAUGAGGAAGGGCACCUUGCCGACGAGUGCAAAGUCUACAUUGCCACCCAAGGCUGCCUCCAGAACACAGUGACCGACUUCUGGCAGAUGGUUUACCAGGAGAACACACAUGUCAUUGUCAUGACAACCAAAGAGAUGGAGCGUGGCCGGAAUAAGUGUGUACGAUACUGGCCAGAUGUUGACACCACUAAGGACUUUGGGAAGCUGAGUGUUAGGAACAUUGAGGAGAGGCCAGCACAGGACUACGUCUUGAGAGAACUGGAGAUCACGCGGCUAGACACGCGGGAACCUCCCAGGUACAUUUGGCACUAUCAGUACCUCAGCUGGCCCGACCACGGUGUCCCCAAUGAGCCUGGAGGAGUUCUAAGUUUCCUGGAUCAGGUGAACCGGGCUCAGAAUUCCAUUCCAAAUACGGGGCCCAUAGUGGUCCAUUGCAGUGCAGGAAUCGGAAGGACAGGAACUAUAAUUGUGAUAGACAUCCUCAUUGACAUCAUUAACAGGCAAGGCCUGGACUGUGAUAUUGACAUCCCCAAGACCAUCCAGAUGGUACGAAGGCAGCGCUCAGGCAUGGUGCAGACGGAGGCCCAGUACAAAUUUAUCUACAUGGCUGUUCAGCAAUACAUCGACACUGCUCAGAAGAGGCUGGAUGAGGAGCAAAGGAAUAAGAUGAAGGAACGCGAGUACUCCAACAUCAAAUACCCACAGAUGGCCAAUGCCAAAGUGAAGGCCAACGUGGGCAGCUCGCGCUCCUCUAACUCUGUCAUGAACGACGACCCCUCCAACGUCUACGAGAAUUUGAACGUUAAAACCCCGAAGGCUUCUGGGAGCAGCAACACCAGGAGAUGAGGCACGUUUCCCUCGGGCAACUUUCUGCUUACUGCCUCUCUGUAAGUACACUUUUAUACACGACCUCGCGGAGAAGGGCUGAUGGGUACGCCGAGUGAGUGCGAGGGCCGGUAGGAGGUAAAGCCGGACCCUGGUAAUGAUGUUCCAGACCUUUUCCGUUUGCUUUUUUUUCCUGCAGUGCUUUUGUCAGCAUAUCCGUUUCCCUAGAGUGAACGAGCUGCACCUGUACGCCUGCUCUCCUCUGAAGCACUCGGUAGCUUCUGCUUUGAUUAGAGAUCUGUGACACGUUGCCGUUCCUCUUAGGUCGACCAAUACGUGUUUUGUUAAACUGGAUUUCUGAACUUGACUUUUUGAAAUGAGGGUAUGUUGAUUCGAUCAUCAUUUUGGAGAAAAGCAUCUGCCACGUGCAUAAAAUAGAUACUGCGCCGUGCAACUGUAACACUCUGCUGUUAGACGUUUUAGCAUUUUUUAUGGCAGUGAUGGUACUGGUCUGUAAUUUUGUUUAUGUGGUAGAAGGAAUUACAGAGGUGGUGUUACUCAUAUCGGUGAAUGGUGCUUCUUUCGGCAGGAAACCUUCGAGAUCUCCUACAGAUUGGAAGAAGACUGAAGGACGUCCUGGGUACCCCCUGAAGAACCUUGAAAAGAACAGACUUUACCCGUUACCCCAGCCUGGCUGCCUUCUGUGUCCUCUGUACCUUCUUGUCCAUCGUCUUUGCUGCAGCUGGCUUUUAGUGCCUCUAGAAUGAAAUACUUAAAUGCCACUAAAGUGAAGUAAUGAAGUGCCUCUUCCAGCGAAGUACUGUUGACCUGCCCUUGUCAAGCCCACCUUGAUUCCACCUCACCCCUUUAUCCGUACAGUUUGCCUCUGUGCUCCACAGGGGUCGGCGAUGGCGAGAAAACAUGACUAAGAUUUAAGACUGCUUCUGGCUUUGCCAGUUGUCCUUCUCUUGUGCUAUUUACCGCUUUCUGAGCGUAACAAACUGUUUAUAGUGAUAGAUUUUGAGUGUGUGUAUAAUUUGAUUUGUGAAAUAUAACCAUGGGAAGCAAAAGGUGAAGCAAUGCUCUGCCUACUGGAGAGAUCUACUGUAACCAAAGACCUCGGACCUUCUACAGAGAUUUGCACAUUUUGUAUGAAGAUGCAUCAAGGAAUCAUGCAGUGAUGAAGGAAGUUUGUUUUUUCAGGAACCACAUUGGACUUUACUGCUUGUGUACAGUAUGUGUGGUGGACAAGCAGUGCCCAUGUGCUCCUAAUUGCCAUGCACCUUUGUUACAUGUAACGGCCAAGACCUUCCUAUGGGGGGUCAUUGAUGUCCUGCACUUUCCCUGUUGGCCCCUUUUUCUUGUUUCGCUCACCCUUUGCUUUGUCCUGCUGACACUGGAUCUCUGGGCCACUAAUGCUUCCUCCUUUUAAGUCACUUAGCACCAUAUCAUAUACCACUAAUGCCCUCCUCUUGUGCGCCUCACAGUAACAGACAUUUUAUGCCACUGACAUGCUCCUUGUGCCACCAGUGCUCUUGUUUUGUGCCUUCUGUGCAACAGCAAUGAUGCUUGUUCCUGCAGCACAAACAUAACUCUGUUUACCACAUUACAGGAAAUUAUAAUGCCUCCCUGAGAUUUCCUUGAAGGUUUUCUCUUCCUCCAGAAGGUCCUUUUAAAUCAGCUUCUAAAAAGGCUUAGACUGUUUUUGUCUAAAUUUCCUUAUAGUCCUGCUUUUCUUUGUGGUUGUCUGGGCUUGAAAGUUGAAGAACAGCCAUAAUGAAUUUGAAUUUUUUUUUUAUUUUAUUUUUUGUACUGCUGAGCUGGUAUCCUGGCAGACCAGCUGACACACUGGAAGUGUACGUUUGGCAUGGGGUGAGGAUGCGGGACGCAACCCUGUGUGCUGUAGGACGGGGCUGCAGUAGGGGUACCAACUGCUGAGUACCAACAGAAAAGGCUAUCUCCUGAGCCUGGGCUCUUGCUGGGGGUUCGAGUGAAGUUCAUAGCGAUGUGAUGUGGGGUUGGACAGAGCAGUAGUGCGUUUCAGUAUCACAAACAAGUGUUUGUGUCCUGGGCUUUGGUGGUGGUUAAUCGUGAUAUACAUGGUCUCUUCAUUUUUUCUGUUUGGUCCACUUUAUACUCAAGUUUCCAUUCAUUGUAAUGCUGACCCCAAGAACAGGUUUUCCCCUCUGUCCCGUGCAGUAGUAGGACAGAAAGCUGUCAGUUUUUAAUGGAAUGCCUUACGAUGCAUUGCUGUGAUUCUUUGCAGUAGGACAGUUGGAGGGCUGGAACAAGACAGUGACAUACCACCCUUGUUAAUCCCACCCGCCAGAAGCUAUCAGUCUCCAGGUUCUUAAUCUUGCCACAAACAUCCAUGCAGCUUGUUGGAAACAACUAGCUAGCCUCAGAAAUGGGGUUGUAAACAAAGCAUGGGUUAUGGGGAAAUGAAGAAGGUUCAUAUGUCUCAAUUUGCACUGUUGAAACCCUGGUUUUAAGAGAAUUUUCAGCGUGUCCCCUAUAUGAGGGCUAUAGAAGUCGGACACAGAGUUCAUAGAGUGCUUUCUUCAGAAUGAUGAAUGACAAGCCACUGUUGGAGAACCUCAAGCCUAAUGUGACGAUGUUGACAUGCAGGGGGUACUAUUUAUUUAAAGGCUAAUGGAUGAAAAAGCCAUCGGUGUUACUUUUUAAAAUAUUUAAGGCGAUGAUAUUUGUUGUAUUGUUACUGUUUACUGCCAUAUAACCUUAUACAAAUUUUACUUGUAAUGAUUUAAAUAAUUAAACUCUGGCUCAGUUGUGGUCCUCUUCCAUAACUGCUAGAGGGUUGAGGCUAAAAGUGUCCAAGGUUGCAAAUUGCUGCGUAGGGAGUUUGGAAGGGUGUUUUGGGCUCAUCGAGCAUGGUGGAUCUUGGGUCCUCGCCGCCUUGUGGCAACGCUUAACUGUGCAGUAAUGUGAUCACUGUGAAUACGGUGGUUCCCGAAAGCCUUCGACGUACCGAUGUCAGGGUGACGUUGAGGAUGGCCUUCCCAAUCCACACUUCUGUGAUAUCACAAGUCCAGUUGCCCCGGGAUGUACGUGGAGUUCUGGUGUGGGACUUGGAUGGAGAAGUUUGGAUUCUGGGAGGGUGGUGGUGUUGUAUCGUACUUAGAGCAGGGAUGUGGAGUGCCUUCGUCAGGAUAGGGAAGUCGGAAAAUAAAACUUAUGUAAUAUGCACUGUGUGAAGUGUCUCUUGAUGGAGUAGUUAGACUGAUGGUUGGACUUGAUGGUUAAUGGCCACCUUCCUUUUCCCUUCAGUAGGAGCUGCUCGGAAAUAUUAAUAUCGUUUCUUGUUCUUUUAGAGUUGUCUCCCCCCCCACCCAACUUACCCUCUGUGUGAAUGGAGUUGUGGUUUUAAUAAUACAGAAGAAAUAUGAAGUUAAUACUUGAAAUAUUGUUUCUGCCUAGGUGUUUUUAAACUACUUGAGUUGUAACCCACAGUGACCAGAAUGGCCAUGUUUGUUACGUAAGAAUGGUUUUGUAGCCUGUUAGUUGUGCUUAGUGUUGUAUAUUUUCCAAAUUUAUUGUGCACUGUUCUGAAGGAAUGACUGACUCUGCCUUUGCUUUUAUUAUAAUAAUCAAUUAUGAGUUAUUUUAUGACUAUAAUUAGACUGAAGUAUGACUGCUAAAAUUGAUACGUAAUGAAUAUUUCCCAUUGUCGUCUUGGAUUUACUUGAAUGAGUUGUGUAAUGGUUAUUGUCCUGCUAUUAUGCGACCCUGUGGCAUGCCACACCAUCCCGCUCAACAUGAUGGCUGAAAGCUCUCAUGACUUAAGGAAAAUAAAAUUUAAAAAAAAAAAAAAUCCUAUUAAAGAAUAUAUUAAAUCAGUAACUGACAAAUGUGAAUUCUUCUUUUGUGUUUGUGUCUUUUUUGUGGCGUCAGCUGAAGUGAAUUUGGGGUUUGAAAGACUGCCCUUUCCAGUGAAAAGGAGGUACUACAGGUAAGUAGUACCACAAGUGUGACUAGAUGCAAGGGAAUCCUUAUUUCCAUUAAUAAUAAAUGAAGUGGUUCAAACAGGAAUGUUGACGGAGAGGAUACAGUUUACUCCCAUUUGGAUUUCGCUGUUCUAAAUUAUGCAGCAUUCUGCAUAUGUCCUUGGUUUUAAAUUAUGCAAGAUUUUCCAUGUUUUGGGGAUAGUUGGAUUCCUGUUAAUGCCCCCCCUAUCUGGAUGCAUGUUUAGUUUCACAAAGGACGUUUUUAUGUUUGUGCCAACUGCAGAACAAAAAAAAUUAAGGGAAUCUAGUGAUGUUUUCUAUUACUAAAGGAGGAAGAUGUUAAUGGGACACCUAAAUUUGAAGAUUGUUCAAAAUGUUCUGUAAAGCACUGGUUCUUGAUGAAUUGCUUAAAAAACAAUUGUAUGUCAUAUAUUAGGGUGAUGCAAUAAAA